AUAACAAUUUAGUAAAGAGGUCUAUUAUAGAACAAUUACAAACUUUAUUUCAUCAACACAAUCAAUUGAUUAUAUUGUUUAAAACUGCCCUGGAUCUGAUGCCAUCCGAUAAUCACAAAAUUGUAAUCAGAGCUGAUAAAACACCUGCAGGUCAACAUACAAGACGUUUUAAUGCACCAACUAUUGAUGAAGUUGCUAUCGUUGUAGUUGGAGAAAACUUGGAAUCCCGUGAUAUUGUUUUACAUCGUCGGAAUGAUCAAUUACAACGUAUAAAGGAAACACACCGCUCAUAUGAUGCACUGCAAUAUCCCAUUAUAUUUUGGCAAGGUGAAGAUGGCUACGAUUUCUCAACAAAAAUGAUAAAUCCCAUUACAGGUUCUGAAACCAACAAAAAAGUCAGUUCAAUGAACUAUUAUUCAUACCGCCUAAUGAUUCGGGAAAAUGAAGAUAAUCACAUAUUGAAAUGUCGGCGAUUAUAUCACAAAUAUGUUGUUGACAUGUAUGUUAAAAUUGAAACGGAGAGAUUAACAUUCAUCAGGUUGAAUCAAACCAAACUCCGAUCUGAAGAGUAUAUUCACCUUCGAGAUGCGAUUAAUACUGAUGGAAAUGCACAGAAUGUCGGUCGGAUGACUAUUCUUCCAGCAACAUACAUCGGAAGCCCUCGGCAUAUGCACGAAUAUGCUCAAGAUGCCAUGUCGUAUGUUCGUCAUUAUGGUACAGCAGAUUUGUUCAUCACAUUUACAUGCAAUCCGCAAUGGAUAGAAAUCAAGCAGGAGUUAUUCUCUGGGCAAUCACCCAUUGAUCGUCAUGAUAUUACAGCCAGAGUCUUUAGACAAAAGUUGAAAUCAUUAAUGGAUUUCAUCGUAAAACAUAAUGUGUUUGGUGAGACACGCUGCUAGAUGUAUUCUGUGGAGUGGCAGAAACGAGCAUUGCCACAUGCACACAUUUUGGUUUGGUUGGUUGAAAAGAUAAGGCCAAAUGAAGUUGAUGCAGUGAUAUCAGCUGAAAUCCCUGAUGUACAAGUAGAUCCUGGAUUACAUGAGGUAGUUAUCAAACACAUGAUACAUGGUCCCUGUGGAACUCUUAAUCAAAAUUCACCGUGUAUGAUGGAUGGUAAAUGUUCAAAACGAUAUCCACGGACAUUAAUAUCGGAAACAAUUACUGGUAAUGACGGUUAUCCAUUGUAUCGUCGCAGAUCGACAGCAGACAAUGGAAAAUCAACAAUUGUCAAAUUAAAUCAACAAGAUAUUGAAAUAGAUAAUCGUUGGAUUGUUCCAUAUUCACCCAUUUUAUCAAAGACAUUCAAAGCACACAUCAACGUUGAAUCUUGCCAUUCAGUGAAAUCAAUUAAAUACAUUUGCAAAUAUGUAACCAAAGGGAGUGAUAUGGCUGUGAUUGGAAUUGGUGCAGAGAAUUCCAAUGAUGAAGUUACCCAAUACCAAAUGGGCCGCUAUGUCAG